AUGUCAAAGAAAAAGAAGCUUUUAGUUAUGUUAAUGAUGAUGUUAGAUAACGACGAAUAUGUGGAACACGGGGAAAGGAAAUACUGGAUACGCCAGUGGGUGGCAAGAAGACAAGAAAGAGGGGCUUAUAACACUAUUUUUAGGGAACUCGCCCUCGAGGAUUCAAGUGGAUUUGCAGAUUACAUGAGAAUGCCUCAUUGUAAAUUCAUUGAGCUGUUAAACAUUAUUGGUCCUUCAAUACAGAAGAAAGAUACUCCAAUGCGAAUGUCAAUUCCCCCUGGUGAACGUUUAGCGUUAACCCUUAGGUAUUUGGCGACUGGAGAAAGUUUUCAGUCUUUGUCAUUUCAAUUUCGAAUUGGAAAAUCCACGAUUGCAGAAAUUGUCUUGGAUGUUUGCACAGCUAUAAUCAAUACCUUGAAGGAGAAAUAUCUCAAAACACCUGACAGGGAAGAAAAGUGGCAUGAAAUUGCCGACUUGUUUCUCUCCAGGUGGAACAUUCCCAAUAACAUUGGGGCAAUCGAUGGAAAAAGAAUUGUGAUUCAAAAGCCAGCGUAUGCAGGAUCUCGUUAUCAUGAUUAUAAAGGCAACGAAAGCAUAAUUGCCCUGAUGGUGGUUUCUGGCCCAGACUACGAGUGCCUUUAUGCUGAUGUUGGAACAAAUGGGAGAAACCCUGAUGGCCAUGCAUGGGCAAGGUGUAAUUUAAAAGAGGCACUGGAAGACCCCGCUAAUCCACUUCAUAUUCCACCUCAGCAACCCUUACCAGGUCGAUCUGAACCUGUGCCUUUUGUUCUAACAGGGGAUGAAGCCUUUGGGUUAGCAAAGUAUAUGUUAAGGCCUUACCCUCAGAAAAAUUUAACAGUAGAACAGAGAAUUGCCAAUUAUCGUAUUUCAAGAGGCAGAAGGAUCUCUGAAAACAUUUUGGGCAUUAUGUGUAAUAGAUGGCGUUGUCUUAGAGUACCCUUCCUCUUAAGUCCAGAAAAAGUUAAAAUAAUUGUAUUAGCAAUACUAGUACUUCACAAUUGGCUUAGAGCAGACAUAAGCAGCAAACAUGUGUACUGUCCCCCUGCAAUGAUGGAUCAGGAAGAUAGUAACACAGGUGAGGUUUCUCCAGGCACAUGGAGAGAUGACACUCUCAGAGAAUCUUUUCUGGAUCUUGAAGCUUCCUUAUCAAGGAAUUCCACCAGAGUGGCCAAAGAGAUGCGUGAGGAGUUCACAAGCUGGUUUAACAAUGAAGGAGAUGUAGCAUGGCAGAGGAAAAUGUGUGGACUCUAA